AUAAUGUUCAUUGCCAUCUGCUGGUUGCACGUGCUGUCGAUGAGGAAAUGGUCAACAUGUUAUGAAUGGAUCAAUAGCCUGCGUUUCACUUUCUCAUUGCUGCGCAUGUGAUUUCUGUUAUUCAAACAUCUUUGGUAUUGCUAGCUUGGGUUCCAUUGCUUGCAUAGUGACGUUGAUAUACUUAUAUGAGAAGGAGAUGUACCAAUAGUGGUUACAGAAUCUAGCUAGAGCGAUAGCUAGCAGGUUGCAGACAGUCGUGUAGGUCGCGCCCGGCUUCAGAGCUCCUUCCCCGGUGACUGCAAGCUGGAAAGGACGUGGAUGCGGUGAGGCCCACGGGUACAACAAGGUGACAGUAUGGCUGAGGACCCUCAGAGGAACUUCCGUUCCGCCUAUUAUGAGAAGGUGGGCUUCAGAGGGGUGGAGGAGAAGAAAUCACUGGAGAUAUUACUGAAGGACAACCCACUGGAUGUGGAGAAGCUGAGCACUUUCAGUCAGAGAUUCCCUCUGCCCUCAAUGUACAGGAUCCAUGUAUGGAAAGUGCUGUUGGGUAUCCUUCCUCCCCACAGUGACUCCCACUCCCUGGUGGGAGGGUACAGGCGGGAACAGUACCAGGAUGUGUUGGAGGCCCUGAAGGUGAUGAGGUUUGUCCACAUGGCCACUCCCCAGACGCAGGUGUACCUACGCAUGUUCCAGCUGGAGAGCCAAGUGCUGCCCAGACGCUCUGAUACCUCAGCCCCGGACGAGGAGGAUGAGGACUUCCUGUCCAUAGCUCGAGCCAUGGAGGAGAUUGUAGAAGACCCUAUGGAUUGUUAUUGGCUGAUCAAGAGCUUUGUCAACCAGUUCAACAAUAAGUUUGGAGACUCCAUUCCCCACCUGCCCAAGAGUCUGGAGCACUACCUGAGUGUGGAGGAGCCCCGGCUACUGAACCAUCUGAAGAAUACUGGGGCCCUCGCCAUGCUGCCAUACAGCCUGUGGUUCAGGCGCUGCUUUGCUGGCUGCCUGCCUGAGUCCAGCCUGCAGAGGGUGUGGGACAAGGUGAUCAGCGGGUCCUGUAAGAUCCUGGUCUUCGUUGCCAUGGAGAUCCUUCUCAGCUACAAGAUCGUGGUGAUGGGGACCAGCAGACCGGAGGGAGUGGUCAGCAUCCUGUGCAACAUGCCCCAAGAGAACACUGACGCAAUAGUGACUAAGGCCAUUGACCUGUGGCACAAGUACUGUGGCACCCCCAUGCACUCUGUAUAGGAUCACAGGUCUCCUGCCGGACCCUCUUGAUGGGGUUGACAUUGACAUUGGGAUACGCUUGGACUCAAAUCAAUCACAUUUAUUUGUCACAUACUUCGUAAAACAACAGAUGUGGACUAGCAGUGCAAUGGUUUCUUACGGGCCCUUCCAAACAAUGCAGAGAGAAAGAGCAUAGAGAAAUAAUAUAAAAGUAAUAAUAUGUCUAUAUACACACACGGUGCCAGUUCCAAGUAGAUCUGCAGGGGUAUAAGGUAAUUGAGGUAGAUAUGUUCAUAUAACUAGGAAUAAAGUGACUAGACAACAGUAUAGAUAGUAAACAGUAGCAGCAGUGUAUGUGAUGAGUGCCUGGUAUAGAGGUCCUGGAUGGCAGGGAGCUCAGCCCCAGUGAUGUACUGAGCUGUACGCACUACCCUCUGCAGAGCCUUGCGCUUGAAUGCCAAGAAAUUGACAUACCAGGUGGUGAUGCAGCCAGUCAAGAUGCUCAGUGGUAUAGCUGUAUAACUUUUUGAGGAUCUGAGAGCCCAUGCCAAAUCUUUUCAGCCUCCAUGCCAAGUCUUUUCAACCUCUGACUGGAAGUGCUCUGAGGAACCACCGUGUUGAGGGUAAGUGUGGCGAAUGUGUUGAUGCCUACCAUCAGCACCUGGGAGCAGCCUGUCAGGAAAUCCAGGAUCCGGUUGCAAAGGGAGGUGUUCAGUCCCAGAGUCCUUAGCUUAGUGUUGAGCUUUGAGAGCACUAUGAUGUUGAACACUGAGCUGUAGUCAAUGAACAACAUUCUCACAUAGCUGUUCCCUUUGUCCAGGUGGAGAAGGGCAGUACCCCGUUGCAGAAAAUUACAGAUUUGGGCAAUGUUAAAUGCCUAAAUUGGAAACGCAAUGGCUGUACAGUAACAUGACAUCAGAGCUCUGGCUCUGCGCUUCACUUCGCUGUAUGGGUUUUGACUGACAGCCGUUCUGAACUUGAGCACCUCGCACGACAAGAAGUUGCCCCCAUCCCUCCCGCUAAUUGGGCAACUUUUGAGGGAAAUGCUGUAAAUUAAGAUUCUAUGUAUACUGAAAAAAAUAUUAACGCAACAUGAAACAAUUUAAAAGAUUUUACAGAGUUACAGUUCAUAUAAGGAAAUCAGUCAAUUUAAAUAAAUAUAUUAGGCCCUAAUCUAUGGGUUUCACAUGACUGGGCAGGGGUGGAGCCAUGGGUGGGCCUGGGAGGGCAUACCCACUGGGGGGCCAGGUCCAGUCAAUCAAAAUUAGUUUUUCCCCACAAAAUAGCUUUAUUACAGACAGAAAUACUCCUCAGUUUCAUCAGCUGUCCAGGUGGCUGGUCUCAGACGAUCCCGCAGGUGAAGAAGCCGAUUGUGGAGAUCCUGGGCUGGCUUAGUUACAUUAGGUCUGCGGAAUUGUGUUCAUUGUCCAUAGCUUAUGCCUGCCCACACAUGUGUAAUGAUCAUGCUGCUUAAUCAGCUUAUUGAUAUGCCACACCUGUCAAGUGGCUGGAUUAUCUCGGCAAAGAGAAAUGCUCACUAGCAGGGAGGUAAAAAAAUGUGUGCCCAAAAUUGAGGAGAAAUAAGCUUUUCGUGCAUAUGGAAAAUUUUGGGGAUCUUUUAAUUCCGCUUAUCAAAUAUGGGACCAACACUUUACAUGUUGCGUUUAUAUAUUAAUUCAGUAUAUUUUGAAAGAUGAAACUUUGAGGAUUUAUAAUAAAUACCAAAUUGAUGUCAUACAAGCAAGCCAAACACCCUUGAGUCGAAAAUGUGCACUUCACAUUUCCAUGUCAUAAACAUUGACACUGUAUAAGACAAGUUUUAUGAUCACUGUUUUAUGUACAGUUACAAGAUGACAUGCCGUCAUACCCUGGGUUAUUCUGAACAGAAUGAUCCUCGGUUUCUCUAUUGUGAAGAAAAUUUGCCACAGCGCACGCACCUGAAUGCGCUCAUGACUCCUUUCUAUGCGCACCAAAAUUCUGAUCCGUUUCCCUGAAUUGCAUUGUGAAAACCUUUUAUAAUGUCUUUGUCUAACACUGUAAUAUCAUAUUUUAUACCUUUUCUAGUCAUGUUGACAAUGGAACAGGCUUUGAAAUGAUGCCCACCUGACUCAGAUUGCGAUUUAUAAUUGACCAUUUUGGAUUGCGUAAGUAACUGUAAUUGUGUGAUUUGCGGGGAUGCAAUGUUGUUCCAAACAAAAUAACUACAGGUGUGCUUGCUGCUCUAGUUCCUGAAUGGCACAGCUAGGAGAGCUCACCUUAUAGUUGAAGACUCUUCUUUAAAUCAUAAAAGUGCAUUGAAAUUACUUAGAAACUGUGCACCCUUUAGAAAGGUGUGGCCACUUGGAGAUACCUGUUAAUCCUCUCACUCAAACCCUUGUAAUUUAUUUGUCUUAUGUGUUACCUACCCCACAUUUUCCAGGAAUAUUCUUAUUGUGUUACUGAAUGUAUCAAGAACAUUUUCAGAUGUAGUUUUCAACAAAUGUGACGCAAAGUACAGCAUACAGUACUAGUAAAAAGUUUGGACACACCUACUCAUUCAAGGGUUUUU